GCAAAACUAGAAAUAAUUUUAGCAGCUUUCAAGCGAUCAUAAUUCCUCCUCUUGAAGAUAUUAUUUACUAGAAGUAUAUAAUUUUCAAUGGCUUCUAAUAAUCAUAAUUUGCUUAUCAUGUUGGCAUUAUUCGCCAUAACUUGUUCCAUUGUCUUGGCAUCUGAUCCUAGUCCCCUUCAAGAUUUUUGUGUCAAAGAAUCGAACAGCCCAGUGCUAGUGAAUGGCUUUGCCUGUAAGGAUCCGAAACUCGUUGAAGCCAAUGACUUCUUCUACAGUGGGCUUAACAUGCCAGGGAACACAUCAAACCCAGUGGGCUCCAAAGUGACUCUAAUAAAUGUAGAGAAGAUUCCUGGGCUCAAUACUUUGGGCAUCUCAUUGGCACGUGUGGACUACGAACCAUUGGGCCUUAACCCACCUCACACACAUCCCCGAGCCACUGAGCUGUUCACUGUUAUACAAGGCACCAUCCAAGCGGGCUUUGUCACAUCAAACCCAGAAAAUCGUUUCAUAACAAAGAUACUUCACGAGGGAGAUGUGUUUGUUUUCCCAAAGGGUAUGGUGCACUUUCAGAGAAAUAUUGGGCAUAGUAAGGCCUUGGCUAUUUCUACUUUGAGUAGCCACAAUCCUGGGAUUGUUACUAUUGCAAAUACUGUGUUUGGAUCUAAUCCUGACAUCCCCGCCGAUAUUCUAGCCAAGGCUUUUCAAGUGGAUAAGAAUGUAGUUUUGAAUGUUCAGUCAAAGUUUUAGAUGAACAUACAUAGGUCUAUUCGGAUUAUGAUUAGAAUUCAUUUUUAUAAUUUAAAGUGCAGUCAGCAUAAUUUUUUUUUAUUUAGUUAUUUGUUUCAACUUUAUUAAUAAUUGUGUGAUUGUAUGAUUACCAAAGGUGGAAUUAAUUGGUUUUUUUCAUUUGUAUUA